GUCCCAUUCUCAGUGCUCUCUUUAAAGCUUUAUUCAGGGUCAAGUAAACACUCAUAUGAGAACUUGAUACUUUCCCUUUGAAGUUUAGUAUUGCUCGGCUCUCCCGACUUGGAACAGUGCCAACUAAGGCAAAUCACAACUUAAGUGUGAGCAGCAGUAAGUUGUAAAGGAGGGGAAUAUUGAGUAAGGGAAAGAGGCGUAUAAAGGAGAAAAGAAAUGGAAAAUGGUUGAUGGUGAUGAAUCAAAGGUUUCUUAUUCUCAGUCUUUCUCAUACUCAAGAUGUAAUUCGACCUUCUACAAGAUAAAUAAUAUUUGGAGAUGGACUUUUUGGGGCCUUUUGGUAAAGUUGUCGAAGGAGUGGUUGAUUUUGUAUGGAAACAUGGCGUUCGACACAUGACUUACAUAGUCCAUUACAAGAAAAAUGUUGUUGAACUGAGCGACACUGUUAAAGAUCUUAGAUUUGAAAAAGAGAAGAUAGAUCAUAAAUGUGAAGAGGGUACAAAAAAUCUACACAACNUUGAAGGNAAAGUUAUUGAAUGGGUUCGAAAAGUGAGUGAAAUUGAGACUACAGUAGAUGUGUNUGAAAACGAUGAUGGCCACACAAGGGCUCGAUCACCCAAUUGUUUUGUUUUUCCGUACUUGUGGAAUAGACACAGGUUAGGAAGACAAGCAAAGAAUUUGGAAGUGGGUGUUAAAAAGCUAAUUGAUGAAUCCCCUGAGUUAGAUGAAAUUUCCUAUAGGGAAAAUGUAACAUCUAAUGAUGUCACAUUGUCUAAUUCUGGCUUUGAACAAUUUAGUUCUACAAAAUCCACAGUGGAGAAAGUAAUGAGAGAACUUGAAAAUUCCGGUGUGAGAAUGAUUGGAUUGUAUGGGGAAGGUGGUGUGGGUAAGAGCGCUUUAAUCAAAGAAAUUGCAAGGAUAGCNANAGACAAGAAGUUNUUUAAUGUGGUGGUUAAAGUAGAAGUAACAGCCAAUCCCAAUAUACAAAGCAUCCAGGAAGAAAUUGCUUACGUGUUUGGAUUGCAAUUGGUAGGGGAAGGUGAAAAUGUNAGAGCUGAUUGUCUACGGAGGAGGUUGAAGAAAGAAAAAGGAAACACCCUUUUAAUCUUGGAUGACCUUUGGCAUAAACUAGAUUUGAACAAGCUAGGGAUUCCCCUUGAUGAUAAUGAUGACAAUGAUGAUUUAAGUAAUGAUAUGAGGGAUCUUGAUGAUAAAUUCCUGAAAAAAGAAAAAAAUAAUAAGGAUUUUAAUCAGAAAGUGUUGAAAAGAGAAAAAAUCAUUGGUGGUCACAAGGGAUGCAAAAUUUUGCUAACUGCACGUCAAAAAAGAGUAUUGGAAGUUGAAAUGGAUGUAAAAUCGACUUUCCGUGUAGAGCCAUUAGAUGACAAGGAUGCUUUGAUGUUUUUUCAGAAGUUGUCUGAAAUACAUAAUAUGUCAGACUCUAGAAAAGAAAUUGUGAGGAAGUAUUGUGCAGGGUUACCGAUGGCAAUAAUUACAGUUGCAAAGGCAUUAAGAGGNAAGAGCGAGUUAGUAUGGGAAGCAGCACUUGGNGAACUUAAAAAACAGGAAUUAGUGGGAAUUCAAACAAAUAUGGACAUNUCAGUGAAGAUGAGUUAUGAGCAUCUAGAAAAUGAGGAGAUCAAAUCCAUUUUCUUACUUUGUGCUCAAAUGGGCCAUCAACCACUGAUUAUGGAUUUGGUGAAGUGUUGUUAUGGUUUGGGUAUACUUGAAGGGGUUUUCUCACUUUCGGAAGCUCGAGAAAAAAUCAAGAUAANAAUCCAAAAGCUAAAAGACUCGGGCUUACUAUUGGAUGGAAAUUCUGAUAUUCAUUUCAAUAUGCAUGAUAUAGUUCGAGAUGCUGCUUUGUCUAUAGCAAAGAAGGACAAACAUGUUUUUACUCUAAGAAAUGGAAAACUAGAUCAGUGGCCUGAACUCGAGAAAUGCACUUCUAUUUCUAUAUGCAAUUGUGAUAUCAUUGUCAAGCUUCCUAUAGUCAAUUGCUCCCAACUUAAUUUUUUUCAAAUAGACACUAAUCAUCAAUCUUUGACAAUACCUGACAAGUUUUUUGAAGGUAUGAAAAAUCUCAAAGUUUUAAUAUUGACUGGUUUUCAUCUAAAAAGAUUUCCACCUUCAAUCAAAGGCCUAUUAAAGCUCAGAAUGCUUUGUUUGGAGCGGUGCACUUUAGAGGACAACAUAGCCAUAGGAGAGCUAGAAAUGUUGAGAAUUCUUAGCUUCUCUGGAUCCCAACUUAAAAGUUUGCCAACUGAGUUGGGGUGCUUGGAUAAGUUACAACUGUUAGACAUCAAUGAUUGUUCUAUACUGGAGGUUAACAUUCCACCUAAUUUUUUAUCAAGUUUGACACAUUUAGAAGAGUUGUACAUAAGGAAAAGCUUGACCAAAAUGUUGGUGGAAGGAGAGCCAAACCAUGGUAAAAAUUCGAUUCUUUGUGAGCUAAAGAAUUUGCAUCAGUUAAAAGUUGUGGACUUAAGCAUCCCAUCUUUUUCAGUUUUGCCCAAUCACUUGUUUUAUGACAAGUUACAAGAUUACAAAAUUGUGGUUGGAGAGGUAGAAAAGUUUUCUGUUAUAGGCUUUAAGAUGCCUGAUAAGUACGAAACUUCAAGAGUUUUGGCAUUGCAUGAUGUCANUAAAAUUGACUCCCAUAAAGACAUAAACUUGUUGUUUAAAACAGCACAAAGUUUGUUGUUGGGAAAGGUNGAGGUUGUUAAAGUUGUUAAUGAAUUGAGUAUAGAUGGAUUUCCAGAUCUGAAACACUUAUCCAUCAUAGAUAGCAAUGCCAUCAAAUAUGUCAAUUCAAUGCAAUUGUCUAAUUGUAUAAAUGUUUUUCCCAAUUUGGAAUCUCUAUGCCUUUACAAUCUGAAGAACUUGAAGAUGAUAUCUAUUGGUCCUCUUAAGGUUGCAUCAUUUUCUAAAUUAAAGUCCAUCAAGGUGAAUAUGUGUGAGGGAUUGGUGAGUUUCUACUCCGUUUCCAUGGUGGAAUUUUCUAAUAGUGAAGAACCAUGUGAGAUUAUUGAAUGUAAUUCUUACUUGGAUAAUUUUUGUGCUAGCCUAGAGACAAUCGAGGUUUCUGAAUGUAAAUCUUUAAAGGAAAUCCUUAAAAUACCAAAGAAAUGCCAUAAGGUUAAGUUUUUAAAGUUACAGACUUUGACACUUCAAUCAUUACCGUCAUUUAAAUGUUUUUAUACCAAAGUGGAGGAGUCUCAAGCUAAAAAUAGUGGUAGCGAAGAAGAUCANAAAAGUGACAAGGCUCCGCUUUUUGGUGAACAAGUUGAAAUUCCAAACUUAGAGAGCUUGAAUUUAUGCUCACUCAACAUGCAUAAGAUAUGGAGCGAUCAAUUCUUGUCAAGUUUCUGCUUUCAAAACUUGAUAAAAUUAGUUGUGAAAGAGUGUGAUGAAUUGACAUACUUAUGUUCGUUGUCUGUGGCAAGUAGUUUAAAGAAGCUGAAAAGCCUUAUCAUAAGUGAGUGUGGAAUUAUGGAGAAGAUUUUUGAGACAAAAGAAAAUAAUGCAGAUAAGGUCUGCGUCUUCCCCAAGCUGGAGGAAAUCCAGCUUACCAAAAUGAAGAGAUUAAGAGAUAUAUGGCAUACUAAAGUGAACGAUGAUUCUUUUUCUAGUCUNAUUUCGGUGAACAUCGAAGAAUGCAAUAAACUAGACAAAAUUUUUCCAAGUAACAUGGAAGGAUGGUUUGAAAGUUUGGACAACUUGAAAGUUUCUAGUUGCGAAUCAGUGGAAGUGAUUUUUGAAAUAAAAGAUUGUGAAGAAAUAGAUGUAUCUGGUGAGAUAGACACAAAUCUGCAGGUUAUUCUUCUUGAAGACCUCCCGAAGUUGAAAGAAUUGUGGAGCAAAGAUCCACAUGGAAUUCUCAAUUUUAAAAAACUUCGGACUAUAGACGUAAGUUCUUGUUAUAAAUUGAGGAAUUUGUUUCCAGCUUCUAUGACAAAAGAUGUAUCAAAGCUUGAACGUAUGUCAGUAUUUAAUUGUCGUGGGAUGGUGGGAAUUGUUUCAAGUAGAGAUGCUUCAGAAGCUAAUACUGAUCCAUUAGAGUUUCCUGAACUAAUAAAUGUGAGAUUGCUUUCACUAUCAAAUAUCAAGCAGUUCUAUGCGGGGAGACUUCCGAUAAAGUGCCCAAAAUUGAAGGAAUUAACUGUGUACCGCUGUUCGAAGCUUAAAACAUUCUCCAAAGAAAUCAGCAAAACAACAGAGGAAGAAGAAGAAAAAGAGGAAGAGAAAGAGGAAGAAGAAAAUUUUGUUUUCUCAGCGCAAAAGGUAUUGCCCAAAUUGGAGUACAUGGAAAUUGACUUGAAGGAAGCACAAAACUUGUUACCCGAGUACCCAAUGCACUGUCUAAAAGAACUUAGUCUGAUUUCAGUAGAAAGUGUUGAUUUUCUUAACCAGUUUCCCUACAGAAUGCCAAAUCUUGAAAAGCUAAAGUUGACUUCCUCUUAUGAGUCCAAAGAGUUAGAGCCAGCAUCAGAAGAAAGAUUGAGAAUCACAUUAGAGCUCAAGGAAAUAGUUUUGUCGAGUUUAAAGAUAAAUGAUCUAACAGGAGUUUCAAUUGUACGAAAACUACAGCUUUUAAGCUUAGCACAUUGCAGCGAAUUGAACAACUUAGGUCCGUCAUCUCUGUCAUUCACUUACUUGACAUAUUUGGAACUAAAGUAUUGUAGGGAGUUAAAAUAUUUAAUGACACCUUCCACCGCCAAAAGCAUGGUUCAACUCAAAACUAUGAAGGUAAUCAAUUGUCGUAAAGUAGAGGAAAUAGUAAGCAAUGAGCUGAGUGAAGAAGGUACAGUGAUGAAAAUUGCAUUCGGCAAAUUGAUUACCAUAGAACUUGUGGGGCUAAAGAACCUUGAAAGUUUUUGCAGAUGCAAGGACUGUGAAUUUGAGUUCUCGUUACUGGAAAUUUUGAUAGUAAGAGAAUGCUGGAAGAUGGAGAAAUUCAGUGAGAGAGAGGCAAUAACUCCAAAGUUAAAAAAUGUAUUUGGUGUGGAAGGAGAUGAAAAAUCCAAAUGGUACUGGGAAGGCAACUUGAAUUCCACCAUACGAAAAAUUUUCACCGAUAAGGUCAGUUUCGCAUGUACUGAGAAUCUGUUUCUUGGCUAUGAUGAUACUGGUCAACUUAUUAUAGAUCAACUAUGGCAUAGAAGACAUUGGGUGCAGCAAAACAGCUUUGGCUAUUUGAAAAAAUUGAGUGUAUGGGAAUGUGAUACUCUAGAGCAUAUAAUUCCAUCUCAUUUGCUUUCUUGCUUUCACAAUUUGGAAGAGUUAAGUGUAGGGCUUUGCAGUAAAGCAGAGGUGAUAUUUAAUAUGAAUGAUGAGAACAGGGUGAUGACAAAACCUUCCGGAAUAUUCCGACUGAAAACUUUGUCUUUAUUUAAGCUACCAAAUCUGAAGCAUGUAUGGGAGAAGGAUCCGGAGGGAAUUAUUGGGCUUCAACUGCUAAAGGAAAUGCGUGUUAAAGAAUGUAAGCGUCUUAAAAGUUUGUUUCCAGCAUCGGUGGCCAAAGAACUUACAAGACUUGAAGUGCUUNAGGUAACAAACUGUAAGGAAUUGGCAGAAAUAUUUAAGAAGGAAGGAGAAGGAAGAACACAAGAGCUUGCCUUAGGUCGUCUCACCACAUUGAUGCUANAAGAAUUGCCAAGUCUCAAAUACUCUAUCCACUGCUCCAACCAGGAGAGUAUAUCAAAUUUGAGUGAGAGAAAUAUACAAGAGUUAUGUCUUGGCUCAAGGUGCAUUAUUCCAAACUCCAACUUCGGUCUCUUAGAAUCACUAAUUCUGGAUGGUUGCAAGUUUUUAUCGGAUGUACUGCUACCGUGUAAUUUACUUCCUUUCUUAAAAAAAUUGGAAACGUUGGAAGUUCGAAACUGUGAUACUGUCAAAAUCAUAUUUGAAGUCAAAUGUAUAACACAAGACAGAGGAGUGGUAUCAAUGGGACCAACCCUUCAUUUUUCCUUGAACAAAUUGACUUUAUUCAACCUGCCAGAACUGGAGAAUGUUUGCAAUGAAGAUAAUUGUUGUCCUUUUGUGAGAUCAUUGGAAGUUCAGCAAGUGCCCAACUUAAAGUAUUUUUACUACAGCUCUAUGUAUUGUGAAAUUUUUACAGAUCAAGAAUCACAUUCCAAGAAUCAAGUCGGUACUGAAAAGUGCUUGUCAUUAGGGGAAAAUGGAAUGAAGAUAAUUUUGCGAAGAGAACUCGAGAGAAACCUCUUAGACAGUUUAACAGCUCUUACUCUCGGCUUUGGUUCGGAUGUAUUUGAAUAUGAAAUUCUAAAAAAGGUUCCGAAUAUAGAGAAACUUGUGGUGUGGGAUGGUUCUUUCAAGGAGAUGUUCUGUCGUGAAAGCCCUGAUAAUGUGUUACAACAACUGAAAGUAUUACUGUUGGAGUCUCUUGGAGAGCUGGUUUCGAUUGGGUUGGAGAACUCUUGGACUCAUUCCUUUGUCAGAAACAUAGAAACCUUUGAAGUCAUUAGUUGUUGGAGUUUAAAAAACUUGGUAGCAUGCACAGUGUCUUUCUCCAAUCUGAGGUGUUUGAAAGUAAAACAUUGCAAUAGCUUAUCAUAUUUGUUGACAUCCUCAACAGCGAAAUGUUUGGGUAAACUCAAAAGAAUGGAGAUAACUUGGUGUUAUUCAAUUGAAGAGAUAGUGUGUAAGGAAGAUGGGGAGGAAUCAGAUGACGAUGAGAUAAUAUUUCAGCAGCUCACUUCUUUGAAACUUCAUUGGCUAGGGAAUCUCAAAAGGUUCUACAAAGGGAGUUUAGGUUUCCCAUCCUUGGAGGAACUGUCAGUACAAGAUUGCGAUGAGAUGAUAAGUUUAUGUGUGGGUAGUAUAGUGGGAGGCAAGAUGUGUGAAGUUAAAGUUGGAAAGUUCUCACAGGCUAUUCAAUUGGAAACGGAGCUCAACUCUACUAUGAGGAAGGAAUAUCUGAGAAAGAUUGCAUCAUCGGAAGAGAGUCUUGAAUUCAGAGAUAUGGCAGACCUACAAGAGUUAUGGUGUCUCUCACAGCAGAUACCCCACUUUCGUUUCACUUACAUGGAAACCUUGAUUGUGAAUAAAUGCAAAAUUUCAUCAGAUGCGGUGUUACCUUUCACUUUACUUCCUUUAUUACCCAAAUUGGAAACAUUUGAAGUUCGAAAUUGUGAUUCUGUCAAAAUCAUAUUUGAUGUCAAAUGUGCCCAAGAGAUACUCACUUUUCCUCUGAAGAGAUUAGUUUUACGGAAGUUGUCAAAUCUGGAAACCAUUUGUAAUGAAGUUACAGAGGCUAAUCCAGCUCUUCCAAAAGAAACAAAUCCUAAGCUUACGUUCCCCUCUGUGACGUCAUUGGCACUAUGUGAUUUGCCCAACUUCAUUUAUAAUGAUGCAGCACCAACAUUUGAGCUGAUUAUACCCAACUUAGAGGAUCUGACAGUGGGUAGAAAUGAAUUAAAGAUGAUUGUGGACGGAGAAUUUCAGAGAAACCUUUUAGACAAGUUAAAAGUUCUCGGUGUGUGCUUUGAUAGUGAGUGUGAUGAAUUUCCGGAGUAUGGAUUUCUACAACAGUUGCCAAAUGUAAAAAGGCUUGUGGUGUGGAAUAGUUCAUUCAAGGUGAUCUUCUGCCAUCAAAGACCUAGUAAUAAUGAACUUCUAUUACAGCUGAAUGAAUUACGGUUGGAGUCCCUUCAAGGGCUAGUUUCCAUUGGAUUAGAAAACUCAUGGAUUGAGCCCUUUCUCGAAAAUCUACAAAAUUUUGAAGUCAUUACCUGUUCCAGUUUAAAAAACUUGGUAACAUGCAGAGUGUGUUUCUCAAAUCUGACAUGUUUAAAAGUAGAAAAUUGUGAUGGCNUAUCAUAUUUGUUCACAUCCUCAACAGCCAAAAGUUUGGGUCAACUUCAAAGAAUGNAGAUAAAAGAGUGUAAAUCAAUUGAAGAAAUAGUAUCUAAAGAAAGGGAGGAAUCAGAUGAGGAUGAGAUAAUAUUUUCGCAGCUCAGUUGUUUAAAACUUGAUGAGUUAUUGAAUCUCCGAUGGUUCUACAGGGGGAGUUUAAGUUUCCCAUCCUUAGCAGAAAUAUCAGUGAUAGAUUGUUCUGAGAUGGUAACUUUAUGUCCAAGUACGCUAAAAGCAGACAAGUUGUCUCAAGUAACAAUUGAAAACGAAGAAGUUAUUACAGUGGAAACUGAUCUCUACUCUACUAUGCAGAAGAAAUUUGGGAGAAAGACGCAAAGGAAAUCACGGAUUGAUCUAAAAAGUAGAGGAGGACUACAUGAGAUAUGGCGUGGAAGUUCACUGCCUAUACCCAACUUCUGUUUCAGUGAGUUGGACACAUUGAUUGUGGACGACUGCCAGUUUUUAUCAGAUGCAGUGCUACCCUUCCAUUUACUUCCUUUAUUACCUGAAUUGGAAACCUUGGAAGUUCGAAACUGUGAUUCUGUCAAAACCAUAUUUGAUGUCAAUCCUUCAACACAAGACACAUCAAUUACUUUUCCUCUGAAGAAAUUGGUUUUAUCGAAACUGCCAAAUCUAGAGAAUGUUUGGAAAGAAGAUCCUCGAGGAAUUCUAAGCAUGCAAAGUCAUCUAGAACAAGUGUUUGUUGAUACAUGCAAAUGCCUUAAAAGUGUGUUUCCAGCAUCAGUAGCCAAAGAGCUUGUGAAACUUGAAGAUCUAGUAGUUGAAGACUGUGAGGGAUUGAUGGCAAUUGUUGCAGAUGAAUCUCAUGAGAAUCAAGAAAUUAUAUUUGAGCGGCUUCAGGUUUUGGAUCUUAAAAGAUUAAAACAACUGACUUGCUUUUGCACUGGCAAGUUCACUUUAAGUUUUCCAUCUUUAGAGGAAGUCCACAUCAUCAAGUGCAGCUCCAUGAAAAGUUUCAGUGCAGUGACCAAAAUAGAUAAUCCGACAAAGUGGUAUUAUUCAGAAUAUGAGAGACCCCGAAAGGAAACUGACCUUAAUUCUGCUCUCCACAGAAAUUUUGAAGAAGAGGCUCCGGAUGGUGCUAGUGCCAUCAUUCCAGUUCUUCAAUAGUUGAGAUUCAGAUACUGAUGGAGAUAGUGAACUCGAUGAUGAUUAAUUAGAAGCAGUUUUUCACAGCAUAACAUGAUAUCUAUUUAAGUGGAUA